CUGGUCCUCUGAAACUCACCGUCAGUGCCGAGAAUGGAUGUGAAGUUCGAGGUUUUGUUGUCGUCCAGCAUCAAGCGCCGCAAGCCGUGGCCCAGAUUCUGCUGGCUUGGCCGGGAAAAGGAGGGUGUUUUUCUGCUAGAUGACAGUCGGAUCAGUGAAGUACAUUUGCUUUCGGGACGGACCAAAAAGAAGAUCCCCAAACUUCAGCCGCUGUUGCAGAGGGUGGUGUCCAUGUCAGCGUCUCAGAACGGCGUGUGGCUGGUGGGUCUGCUGGUCUCUGGAGAACUCUUCCUGUGGAACAAAGACAAGGAUUUGCUAAAAACGGUCUCAGCAGUUCCUGCGCUUCAUCAGCUGGUUUCUUCCAUCAAAGGUUGUGCGACUACACUCGGACUUUCUCUGCUGGUUUCGGAGAAUGCGCAGCGAGUUUUCCUGGCCGCUCUCACAGGACAGGUGUUCCUCUGGGAGUGUACGACACCUCAGGAUCUAAGCGGCCCGCGGGACGCCACCAUCACGGGGCGAUGGAGUCACAUAUCAUGCCAUGAAAACACUCAACUGCCCUCCGUAAAGGACAAAGAGGCAUCCGUUCAUAGUGUGUUUGUGAAGAACCAGGCAGUCGGUGACGCGUGUCUGAGUGCGUUUGUGUUCAGUGCUGACGGGACGCUCAUCGUCACCUUGCUGAAAAUCCAGUGGGACUCCACAUGGGAAAACAAACUCAGUUCAGCAGGGUUCAGUGUUCACUGGUCCUCCAAGUGUUUCCCGUUCAGCCAGCUCCUGCCUCCAUGUAAACCAGUGAAGUCCAGAGGGUCUCUGGUUCCAGCCUUCUCUCCAGACGCUCAGCUCUUAGCAGUAGUCCUGAACCAGAAAGACCCCAGGGCCACACAGGUGUUGUUCAUCAGCACUCAGAACUUCGUGACGGUUUCCAGCCUGUUAGGAGGAUGUGGCGUUAAGAAGCUCAUUAUUCCAGCUAAAUAUGUUAGGUCGUACUGGGUGUGUUCUGUCAGCUGGACGCCGGAAGGGCUUUAUCUGGCCUGUGUGCUGAAGAGAGGCUCUCUGCUCAUGCUGGCUCGUCUGGGGGGACUCGUCUCUCUGUCCACCACAGGAUGUAGUGUUGAGUUCGGCGCCGCCCACUUCCUGCCUCUUCACCCGCUCGUCACCUACAGCGCUCCAGUGCCUUUGCAGAUACAAGAUGGCGGCCUGUCCAGCUCGAGCGCGUCGCUCCGUGACCCCAUGAGACAGCGGUUCUCCGUGACCUGUCAUCCUCGCCAGCCGCUCCUCAUCGUGUCCGACGGGUACAUGAUAACUGUGCUGAGGAUGAGCAAACGCCCGUCCGCUGUCGGGAUCAUGAGCGCCCUCCUGCUGGACGCUGCCCGGGGACUGGAGAACAUACGCGAGGUCCUGGCCUCAUCUCAGCCUCAGGUCAGGUCUAGGCUGGAGUCCAUGUCCACUCUGACGUUCACUGGAAGUCUUCUGGCUCUGAAAGAGAAAGAAAUCCCUCUGUCCACACUACCUCUCUACCUGCAAGGUACAGGAGACCUCGCACAGUGUGCCGAGACUGCUCAGGAUGAGGAAGAUCAUGACUCUGAUGAAGAACCGUACGCCUACUCACAAAUGCAAGAUGGAGGCAAGCUUGAGUUUGCGUCGAUGUUUGACACUCUUCAUGCUCAGGCACAAGCAGAUCCAGAGUCCACGUCCUCAGAUCUGCCGGAGGAUCUGAACCGGGUUCACAAGAACCUUCUGAGAGCCUGGGCUCUGGGCGUUUCUCUGGGUGGGUCCAUGGAGCAGAGAGAGCGUCUCCUCAGAUACACAAUCCUGUGCGUCGUUCGCCUCUUGAAGCUCCUCAGGGUCAGCGACUCGAAGAGUACGAGCGCAUGGCUCACACGCGCCCUUCACACACUCAGAGCUCUCCUGUCGUUUCUGCCGUGGGACGCCACACACUCCUCAGGCACGGGUUGUCUAGGCGUCACAGUGGAGCUCACUAGAUGUUUCGUAGACAUUUUCGUCCCGCUUUCAUCAUCGGGUGUAGCUCUUACAUCACAGAACUUCAGCGCAGCGCUCUUCGUCCUUCAGCAAGCGUCUCGGAGCGUGGAUCGGGCCUACACCAUCCCGUCGAGAGCGUUGCAUCAUGGGGAGGAUGGCCAGCGAACAUAUUCCUCUGACAUGUUUUCUGUUCCGAUAUUACAAGAAGACACUGAGACAGUAACACAGACUGCACGACAACUACCUUCUAAUAGAUUGGCGGUUAUUUGGCGUGAGCUGUACAGAUUGGCUUUGGGGUACCAGCAGGAGUUACGCCACCAAAGAGGUCAAGGGGUCGUAAAACACGAGUUGGAGAAGAUGUCCGUUAUUAUAGCUCAAGUCCAGCAAGCUUUACAGUCUGCAGGAGAUCGUCUUGAGGAGAGCCACGCAUUGCGUAGUUUCACCGGGGAACAGCACUUUAUUUUAGGUGAAUAUGCGGAGAGUGUUCAGAUUUGGAGGGCUGAAUUAUGGGCAGAGAGAGAGAAAGCAGGUCCAAUGACGUGUUACCUGGAGACACGCCACUGUCUGGCUCUUCUCUACGCACAGCUGUUUCAGUAUCGCCUGCGAGAGGCUCAUGGUCUCUGUGACCGUCUGGCACAUCAACUUCAGUCGCGUGCAGGACGAGAGGAAGAGGACGUGCCAGGAGGGGCUGAGGAGUGUGUGUGUGAGGGCUGGCUCUCGGGGCCGGUGGGGCGUGAAGCGGCCUGCGCAGUGGUUCAGUCUCUGGGCAGGUUUAUGGCUGCGUACUUCACCAAUCACCCGCUCUGCAUCCUCCCGCCACACAAUGUGGACGUGCUGCCGCCUCUUCACUUACCAAACAACACAGGUGUGCGUGUGGUGGAGUUGUCUCAGGCUCGUGCAGCCGCGGCGGUUCGUUUCGAUCAGCUGUCGGAGGUGUGGACGGUGGAUUACGCUCUAGAGCUCCUCCUGCUGGGCGGGCUGAUCCCUGAGGCCGUGUGGAUGGCACAGCGUCUGGGAGACUGGAAGAUGGCGGUCACCCUCGGCCUGGCGUACACCAGCCACUGCAGUGGCCAUUUAGACUUCAGCAGCCUGCAGUGGAAAGAGCUGCACCUUCCCACCGAGCUGAAGCCUGCGGGGAUAUUGCACGAUCAGCUGGAGAAGUUAAUGCUUGGGUCUGAAGAGGAUGGUAACAAAGACGCAGCGAGUGUUGAGGACGUGGAUCUGCUUCAAGUCUCAGUGCAGGAGAUCCUGAAGGCGUCCGUCAUGGCGGAGGUGGACGUCGUCUCUCAGCCUUUAACACGACUGAUGAACGCAGCCAAAGAGCGAGCGACAUCACUUCCUGCGCUGGUUCCUCCUGCGUUUUACCUGCCCGCUCCUCCUCUGUACUGUCCACAGCCUUCACCAAACACACAGGACUCUGUGAGGGAUCCGGCUCUGGUUCUGGAGACUGAGACUCGCUGUGGGGUUUCUGGGCUGGUUCAGAAGGUUCUGAUGAUCUUCAGGGCGGCGCGCGGUUCUCUGCCCGCCGCGCAGUGGUACAUCAGCAGCCUGCAUCGCUGCAGACACUUACUGAACAAGAUCCAGAAGAAAGCGUCCGAACCCAAAGCCGAAUUGAUUCCUGAUGGACUGAAAAAAUUCACUCAUCGUGGGUUCUUCCAAUCAGGGCCCAGCAAAGACAUGGAUGGUGUCACCACGCAAAUAAUAACAUGUUUCCGUGAGUUGUGUGCGCUUUGCUGGAUGCUCCAUGUGAGGGACCAGCUCACUAUUACCUGUCGAAGGUACCAGACUGCAAGAAAACGGGAGAAAGACACUCAGGUCAGUGACGCGAGUGUGUCAGAUGUGUGUGUUGAGGCUCUGUGCUGGGCUCGCCGACUCCUGCCGUUCUGCCGGUUCAUGAACGCAGAGGAAGCCCUGCAGGACUUAGUGCUCAGCCUGCUGUCCGAACUGCCACCCAGUCAUGUGACAGCAGAAACUCUAGCGAGAGUGUUUCCUGACGAGAGCGAGUCUGUUCGCGUGCCGCUGCGGGAGAAGUACACGUCACUGGUGCAGAGACUGAGGCCCGUGGUGGUGCCAGACACCUCGACACCAGUUGUGCCUCCAGGAACUGAGAGGGGAGAUGAGGGCGAUACCAUGAUGAUUCUGAUCCAGGAUCAGCUUCGGCAGCGACGCCGGGAGCUUCGGCGCCUGGAAAAGUAUCUGGGAGCAGCGGAGCCGUACUUGUGGGAGAGAGAGGAGGAGGAGGACAGGGGAGCUGCCGCCUCCAUACUGAGGAGACUCUCUCUCGGGACCAGUUUGAGUGACAGCACCCUGACCGACGGCGGACGCCCCCUGGUGUACAGUGAAGGAGACACGGCUGAGACACUGUCAGAGACUCUUCCCCCAGAGCCGCAGACCCAAUCUGCACACAGCUCUAAGACGGCACAGUUUCAUGAUGCACCUGAGAAAUCAAAACAACCCAAAGAGUCGAGCCGUGUGGGUUCUUCAGUGCCGACAGUGGGAACCUGGGAGUUUGAGUUGGAGGAUGACGAGUACAUGCUCUUCCUCGAUUUGUUCCUCAGUUAUGUUCUGGGAAAGGACAGAUUAGACGCCGAGGAGUCCGAGCUUCCUUUACUGAGUAGUUUCUCACAACGUUUUCAUGCUAGAGAGCUGCACUCGGUGACCUUUGACAUGUUGACGUCUCUCAAACGCCGUCAGAAGGAUGGACGUACGCGAGGCGCACGUUUGCCCCUGUUUCGUGCCGGUCACUGUUUCCAGAGUCUCCCGGUCACUCCCGAACCUUCACCGGUUCAGGACACUCACGAGACCACGAAUGCCACGUCUCCAUGGACUCUUCCUGGAAUCCAAUCCAGGGAGCAUCAUGGUCUUUUCAGCCGCCGUCGACACCAUACGUCGGUAUCCAGAGUGAAUCGGGCCGGGUCAGGAUUCAGGAUCCUCUCUCCGGAUGAAUUGGCCCUUCAGAUGCAGUUGGACUCCUCGAUGGAGAUCCGCUUUCCUCGACUGGCUCGGUUACUCGAGUGGAUGAUGCGCUGGGCCGACAGGCGGGUUCUGCUCUCUCAGCCAAUGGGAAAGAGGUCAGAGGGAAGUGAUGCGGUGGUCAUCAGGGUCAAAGGCUCGACCCCUGCGCUUCUGUGUGCACUGGAGCUGCUCGGGGAGAGAUACAGCGCCGCCCUUCUGGGAGAAAACACACAUCACUCCCAUAAUGAGCUGUUCCAUCAGAGGGCGGGGCCUGAGGCGCCAGUGCUGCAGCCAAUCACAGGCUGGGGGAGGGACCGAGACAGCAGUGUGGACACGCCCAUCACUCUCCACACACACAGCCAUGAUGUGUGUGAGCCAGAGGAUGUGGUGGAUCAAACAGACGAUCAGCUGUCUGAACAUGAAGACACGAUGACCUCUGAUCUACAGAAUAACGUCACUGAGAUCAGACAAACCACUGAGGCUGGAGACGUUGAUAGCAGUGCUGAUGAUGUCACCGAGGCAUCAUGGGCCAAUCAGAGCAGAGCUCACAGAGAUCAGACCAUCACACUGGCUGAUCUUGAGUGUCCCGACACACCCCAACAUUCACUACAUUCACAAUCUCACGUAGAGGGAAAUCACGUCUCCUGUGGAACACACAGACCUGAGGUUUCUGCCUCCGUCAGUGUUCAGCAUGUAAACGGACCGACGGACACACAUAUCAGAGGUCAUCCUCCUCACAGCGAAGCCCAAACACCACCAGACCCCGUCAGACAGCUGAUCCACGACGAGUUAUUCAGGCUAGUGCAGCUGCAGCAGAUCAACUUCAUGAGCCUCAUGCAGGUCGUCGGCGCGUCCUUCGGAAACCUGCCGCUCUCUCAACCCAGCAUGCACCAGUCUAAUGUGAAUGUGCCACAGACCACUGCCAUACCUGCACAGCAUCCGCCUCAGCACAUCGCUCUUACCCAUAAUGCCCAGCACACUACAUGUGAUGAUACCAACCUCCCAACACGAGCUACCAGGCCUGAGAGGGUUAAUCAUGACCAACAUCCUGUGAAUGUGAAUUCUGGCUCGGCUCUGAAUCCAAAUGUUACCCUCAAAACUCAGGAAAUUCAUCAGUUGACCAUUCGCUCAGACUGGCCAGAGAACGGUCAAUCUCCCGGCCGGAGCUUCAUCCCGACGUCACACGGGCUUCUCACCACAGCCAAUCCUCACUCGGCAUUUAAUGCUGUUUCUGAACCUCCAAAACCACACGGCCUCAGACUCCUCCAGCUAAACCCAUCUCAGAGAUCUCCUCCUCUUCCUCCUGUGAAGGAUUCCUGGGGUCCCGAUCCCUCAUCUGUCCCGAGGGCUGAGGAUCGUAACCGGACCCGAGCCGAAUCACACCGCUAUAACACACACACACAGGAAUCUCUCCGUCCUCACAGAUCUGUUGCUCUUCCUCUUCUGCGGUUUCACCCAGAGACCCAGAGAACUGUGACAUUGCCACGUAUCCCACAAUGCACCUUGCCAAAACCCAGUCUGGGCGUCACAGCCACGGGCCGCUAUCCCAGAAUUCAGCUUCUGCACAGAGAUCCGGAUCCACCCGCCGCUGAUGUGCGGUUGGUCUCGGCUCCUUUACGGACUCCUCGUCUCAUCCCACUGGAGGAGCUGUUGAAGUGGACCAACGGCAAACACACCCAACUACAACUCUUAAACACACACCCCGUCCCGGAGAACAAGCUCACGACGACCAGCCCGUCCAACAAGAGGCGGAAGAGGAGAGAGGAGAAAAACAAGGAGGACCGGAUUGGAGUCACGUUCAGACCGGAGGACUCCAUCAUUCCUCCAGAUGAGCCUGCAGAAGAAGUGCCCGAUCACAGCGACCAACACACCAUUCCUUUAGGCGUUGAGUGUGAGUCGAGUGGCCUGGCGUUGUUGGAUCAGGCGUACGUCACCUCGGCUGAGCUUCAUGCGUUCGCCUCCACACAGAAGAGACCGCCUGAGAUCCAGGACGCCUGUACAAACACCGACACCGAACUGCUUCGCUCCAUCACAGAUCAAGAUGUUUCUGACCAGCCUCAGUCUCCUCCCAGCAUGCCGUCUGCUCCUGAAGGCGGGCUGCUAGAUGUGGCUCCAGUCGUUCCUCCAGAUGUGUUCUUGAAUCUUCGCUUCUCUAAAGAUAACUCCUCAGAGCAGCCGGAGACCAGAAGCCUUGCAGAGUCGAACGCAGAUCUCAAUCCUGAGGGUCGAAGGUUUAUUAAUGUGAUCGAUCUGACAGACGACUCUCUUCUUCAGAGUCUGCCUUCGUUUCCCCCGUCGUCUGCUGAGCUCCACCUACAAGCAGCUUUUGUCGUAAACCCCGCCUCUUCAGUGGCAAACCACACCCCUAAACCUGCCUUAAACUCCGCCCCCAACAACACUGAGCACUUUACUGAGAAUCCGAUUGGAGAGAUUCCAGGUGUGUGUGUGUCUCCUGAAGCUGUGCUGGGCGGAGACCCCGUGACUCUGAGCGUGCUGAAGGCCGUGAACAGGCCUGGUCUGGAGCGAGCGCUGAUCGUGCUGAAGGCCGUGAACAGGCCUGGUCUGGAGCGAGCGCUGAUGUCCAGGAGUCAGAUCUCAGCUCGGCUCUCAGAGAUGGACUCGCAGCUGCUCAGACUGCAGAGCAUCGCAGAUCACAUGGACAGAGAGUUCGCCAACACCAGACUGCUGGUGAAGCGUGUCGAGGCCCAGAGCUCCUCCGUGAAGAAGCCGCUCUCCAGCGCGCUCAGAGUCACACGGGAAGCGAGGAGUUACUGCCCUUCAGCGCAGCGGUUCGACCCGGACAGAGAAGAUGAGGAGUUUCUGUCGUCCUCUGAAUCGAGCCGAUGUUCAGUCCAUCAAGAGCGCUCUCCUCCUGAAGUGAAACCAGAGCAGCGUAAACAAGAUACCGAUCAAGGUCUGCCUGAGUCUCUGCUUGAGGAUGCUGGGAAUGGAGAGGAGACUCUCGGUGUGAGCGGCCUCAGUGACGUGGAGGACAUCUUGAGUGAGUUGAUCCGGGACGGGGUGCUAUCCCGAUCCGCACUGGACCUGUCCCGGCCCGCAGCGCCGCCCCUGAGCAGGUCGGAGGUCAGUGCGAGCGGGGCCAUGAUGGAGGAGGAGCGCAGGGAUCUGAGGAUGUGGAUGAGGAGGAAACAGAGAGAGCGACUGAUGGAAUACCGGAAACAGAGAGAAGAGAAGAGAGCGAGCGAGCGCAGACCCUUCGUCUCUCCUCUCACACACAAUCCAACCUCUGUAGAUCUGGCAACCAGCAAGAGAAGCAAAGAAGAAAGAGACAGGACGGUUCUUCAGGAGCAUCAUGAACGGAGAGCUCGUGACGCCUGCAGUCUGAUCACUGACCUGCUCACCACACCACUGAACCUUCCCACAAUCCCCCACGACACGCUCAGGAGCAGAAGUCAAGCCUCUGGGAAAAACAAGAGGAUUCCCAAGAGCCAGAGCGGCCCACACAGACGCUCGGCAUCUUCUCUGGGAAAGACUGUUGUGCUUCAGGGGAAAGCCCACGGCUCGCUAAACCAGAGGCUCGGGCUGCACAGACCAGCCACUGAUCUUCCAGGCGAUCGGCUAUCCCAGGUCACUCGGCGCGGGAUGCUGUCCGACCUGAGAAGCAGACAAGGGACGAAGACCGCUCAUCAGAUGAUGAAAAAUGGGUUCCACACGUCUACAGCUAAACCGAGAGUAGUGAAAGAGAAAGAGCGGACGCAUGUGGAGGAACGAGACGCAGAUGACCUCAGGAUUCCUCUGUUGGAGGAUCAGGAUAUAGAAGCUCACCAACAUUAUGCCGAUGAAUCGUUCAUGAACGUGGAUCAUCUGCGAGAUCUGGAUCUGGACUGUUUCUCUCAGAGCACCGGUAGUGUUCUGAGCAAACUGGACUGGUCCGCCAUCGAGAGGAUCGUGGCCGAGGACGAGGACGAGCAGAACUGAGGAGAUGUUUCACACAGGACCUCCAGAUGUUGUGCAGCUGUUGACUGUGAAGGAUUGUGGUAUUUGUGUGUGUGUAUCAUUUGUGUCUUGACUGUUUGAGUAAACUGUCGGCACAGAUUUGUGCGGAAUAAACAAGAAUCUCUCACAGGUGCGUUGUUGGUUUCCUUCUGGACGCCUGACAGAACGCAGAGCUCUCCACAAACUACAACACACUGAACACUGGACAUUUGGGGUAAAACUGUACAAUAAGGUUUCAUUUUCAAACUAAUACUACAACAUGUUCAUUUCAACUUUUGAUAAUACAUUUUUAAAUCAAAAGUAGCCACGCCCCAAACUCUCCACCUAAUUGUAUUUUAUGAACUAAAGAUUAAUAACUGCUGUAUAUGCUCAUUGUUAGUUCAUAACUAAUCCACUGAGUAAUGCUAAUGAAUGGGAAAGUGUUAGUGUAAUUUAUGGUUGAAUUUGUCUUAUUGCAUUUCUAAGAUUUGUUUAUUUGACAAUCCUUUAAUAAAAUACUGUGAAACGGAA